AUGCUGCGCAGAUCCCUCCAUAGCUCCGUUGUUAAGCGGUCAGGAUCAAAGAUAUGGUCCGAAUUCACAUCCAGGCCUGAGGCUCUAUCAAUCGGGUCCGAAAGAAUAAAAAAAUGCGUACUAGAGGGGACGCCGUCCCAAGGCCCGCCAUCGAUCAAGAGGCGCUCGAAUAGAGUGAAGUACUCGUCGCCAGAAAAAAUUGAUGAGGUUUUCAAGACGUGCUACGACUUUCUCGAGUCGAGAUCCGCAGUGAAAUAUGCCGAGCUCGAGCGUGAAGAGGACCCUGCUAAGCGCACGAAGCUCUUGGUGGAGGCUGAAGUGAACAACCCGGAAGUGCUUUACAACUUUCAGUAUGGUGACAAGGUCGAAAACAACCCUCGGUUUAUCGACUAUAACGUCCCCGUCUAUAGGCAUUUGGGGCGCCAGCACUGGGAGUCAUACGGACAAAUGCUACUGAUGCAGAGACUUGAGACACUAGCUGCUAUUCCAGACACGCUACCUACACUUGUGCCACGCGCCGAGGUCCACUUGCGCUUCCCUUUUUCUACUGGUCUCAACAAAUGGGUUGAACCUGGCGAGCUGCUGUCUUCCAAUGCCACAACACUGCCGCCCGCUAUCAAGAUUCAAGAGUACGAUGACGUCGACACCGAGUCCCAGGAGUAUACCGUGCUCAUACUAAACCCCGACGAGCCGGACAUCGCGUCGGACUCUUUCAAGACCACGCUACAGUACGGCCUCACAAACUUGAAAAUCUCGUACAACGACAACGUCGUGGAUUCCCGCAAGUUCACAGCAGACAAUAUCAUCGCAGGAUACCUACCACCCGUGCCCGAAAAAAAUGCUGGAGUCCAGAGGUUUGUCGUGUGGGUCUUUAGACAGUCCAAGCACCUUGCUGCCGGCGAGGCGGCUUCGGCACGCGAUAACUUCAACGUGCGCGACUUCGUACACGCUCACAAAUUGCAGCCCAUCGGCGCGCACUUGUGGAGGAGCGAAUGGGACAGCAACGUCACCAACGUCAGGGCCAAAUACGGGCUGCCAGAAGGUCGCGUAUUCCACCGUGUGCGUAAAGCCUAG